AUGUCAUUCCAAGAAGAGAAAUUUCCGGUCCGGUUCACAUGUAAUCCGGUUCACGAAACCAUGUUCACACAAAGCGAGAUAGAGGAACUAUUUUCCUUAAUUAACCAACCGGUUGACCCAUCCAGUCCAGGGUCCGGUUCACAGGGAUCAAACCGGACGGUUUACUCAACCCGCGAGAGAAAAAUAAGGAGAAUGCAAUCGAACCGGGAGUCAGCUAGGCGGUCCCGUUGGAGAAAGAAGCGGCACGUAGAGAAUCUCAAUAAUGACGUGAACCGGUUGAGAAUCGAAAACCGGGAACUAAAAACCCGGCUCGGUUUAACCAUGCAAUAUAAUCUCAUUUUAUCCGCGGAGAAUGAACGGCUAAGAUCAGAAUCAAUGUCACUCGUAGCAACACUUUUGGAUCUAUAUCGAACUUUAGAGACAAUAAUUUCACAAUAG